AUGUCCCUCGCCGCAGCAGUCUCGGCGGCGCUGCGCCCGCAGAGCUGGCCGACCAGCGUCUGGGUCCUCCUGCUGACGGGCCUGGCCUACGCCGUCGGCUCCCUCGCCUGGCGGCCCUCGUUCCCGCGCAACGCGCCGCGCCUGCUCAAGGGGUACCCCGUGCUCGGCACGCCGCGCUUCUUUUCGGAACGGGGCAACUUCCUGAGCGAGGGCCGCCGGUUCGCCGCGUCGGGCAACUGGAGCUUCUACUUUGGCAAGAUGCGCAUCGUCGGGUUGUCCGGGGACGAGGGGCGGCGUCUGUUUUUCGAGAGCCGGGAUCUGGAUUUCACAAAAGGACUGAACUUCUUCAACCGCAGAUACGGCGCGCUCUUCAACGCCACCCCGCGAAUCGACGUUUCCAAGGACCGAUCCUCUGGAGACGAUUUCGGCGCAAAGUUCAACUGGAACCUCGUGAAGCUCCUUCGCCGGGACGUCCUGUCGAGCCGCCUCCCGCUCCUUAUCAACGACACGCGCAAGUCAAUGGACGCCAUCGCCGCGCGCGUCGACCCGGCCUCCGGGUUCGGCACGAGCGACCCCUUUGAUGACAUGUACCAGCUCGUGUUCCAGCUGACGAUGCGCAUGGUCGGCUGCGACGAGAUCGCCGAGGACCCGGCGCUGAUGGUCCGCGUGCUGCGCAUCUACGAGUCCAUCGACGCCGCGUCGACGGCGACCAAGAUCAUGUUCCCGUGGAUGCCGACGGUGGGCCACCUGCGCCGCGUCUACAGCGGCGCCAAGAUGUACAUGCUGCUCGAAGGGUUCAUCAAGCAGCGCAAGGAGCGCGGCGUCGGCAACGACGACGCGCUGCAGUUCCUCAUCGACAACGGCGACAGCACGGCCGAGAUGGUGGCCUUCAUGGUCGGCGCGCUGUUCGCCGGGCUGAUCAACAGCGGCAUCAACGCGGCGUACCUGCUGUGCUUCCUCGCGGCGGACGAGCGGUGGUACGCGGCGAUGCGGGACGAGGUCGACGGGGCGAUCGCGCGGCGGCGGCGGUCGGAGGCGCAGACGCCCGAGGAGAUCCUGGCAGGCAUGAGCAUGGACGAGUGGGAGGCCGAGUUCCCGCUCAUCGACGUCGGGCUGAAGGAGACGAUCCGGCUCACCAUCACCGGGUGCGGGUUCCGCUACAACGCGAGCGGCCGGGACGUGGCGAUCGGGGCCAGCGGCGAGGUCGUGCCGGCCGACGCUUAUGCGGUGUACCACUUCGACACGACGCACAUGAGCCCGGACUUCUUCCCGGACCCGCUGCGGUGGGAUCCCGGGCGGUAUCUGCCGGGCCGGGAAGAGGACAAGAAGGACCCGCACGCGUUCAUCGGCUGGGGGACGGGACGGCAUCCGUGCCUGGGUACGAGGUUUGCGAAACUUGAAAUGGCCAUCACGACGGCCCUGUUCAUCGCGCGGUUCGAUUUCCGCCUCGUGGACGCCGAAGGGAAGAAAAUGAAAAAGGUGCCGGAGAACUCGGUCGACAGGAAUGCUCACUCGGCGUCGAAGCCGCGGGAGAAGAUGUUUUUGCGGUUCAAGCCGAGGACCUAA